AUGUUUGCCCGAAAAAUUUAUAAACUAAACAGAACGGAUAAUGAUUUUAUUUGGAUACACGACUAUCAUUUAUUAUUUGUUGGAAGGUAUUUACGAAAGAUGGAAAAUGAGGAACAGGAUAAUGUGAAACCUAUGAAAUUAGGCUUCUUUUUACACACACCUUUCGAAUUCCCAGCAAAUUUGGCAAAAAAAUUGACAGAAAAAGUGACAGAAGAAGUAUCAGAAGAAUCAUCUGACGAAUUGGAAGAAGAAGUGCCAGAAGAAGUAUCAGAAAAGUCAGAAGAAUUGCCCGUAGAAUUGUCAGAAGAAGUUAAAGCUAAUUUAGAAAAACUGACUAAAGAAAUAAUUAUUGGAAUCCUAAGUUUUGACAAAGUUGGAUUUCAAACAAAUAAAGAUCGCUAUAAUUUUAUAGAACUUGCACAAACGGUAUAUUUAAUAUUCUACUACCAAUUUAAUAUUCUACUAUACUUUUACUUAACAAAAUUGUGUCGUUGCUAG